UGGCUGUAACAGACACGUUGUUCCUUUGAUCACAGUGCCCCAUAGUUUAGGGUUCCUGUUGUACCGAGCCUUAAAAAAAAUAAACUUGCACACCAAUCAGUGAUUCCGAUGGGCGGAUCGCCGAAAGCGUCUAGGUCCCCUCCCUUUUUUAAAAGUCAGAUUCAAGUUUCUGUUGGAUCACAUGCAGCUCGAGGAGCAGCGGGACACGACGACCAAUGUGGUGAUUACUGGCUGCCUUGCGGGGAAUGUGGAUGAAGAAGCGUGGUGAUAAAAAGAUAGUUGAAUGUUGCGUUCUCGCCCUUUGUGACAAAGAAAAAGAUUCAGCAGUUCCUAAAAAUCAAUCUGAGAAGAAGAGACUUAACAAGAGGACUUGAAAGUUGCCGUCAAGGAAAGAAGUGUUACUUGAGUAUGAGAGACGAGGAGCAGACUGGCGCAGAUCAUCUGGUGGGAGCCGUGGUUUCCAGUGAGGAGAACAUCGGGAAAGCUCCAUCAAAUGCAUGUCCUGUCCUCGUGGCAACGCCUGCAUUCCGCAGGCGGAAACGCCACACAGCCUCACCUGAGGCGGGCGUCGCCACUGCCGUGGCAUCAACCGACAACAAGCCGGGAGACGACAUCCGCAUCGAUACUCUGACUGAACUGAAAAAACUCAAAAGGAGUCCGCAACAUCUGCCCGCUUCUUCUGGGACAUCCCUUUCCCCGGUUCCUGAUCCAAGUCCUGGUGGGUUGUCGCCCCUGGAGGACCCACAUGGCCAACGUGUGAUCGCCAACAUCCGAGAGCGCCAGCGAACGCAAUCCUUGAAUGACGCCUUCGCCUCCUUACGUAAAAUAAUCCCAACGCUCCCUUCAGACAAACUGAGUAAGAUCCAGACCCUUAAAUUGGCGUCGCGCUACAUUGACUUCCUGUACCAGGUUCUACAGAGCGACGAGAUCGAUUCAAAGCUGAGUGGCUGUAACUACCUGGCCCAUGAGAGACUAAGCUAUGCCUUCUCUGUCUGGAGGAUGGAGGGGGCCUGGACCACUAUGUCUGCCAGUCACUAGCCUCAUCUUCGACAAAACAAUGUUCUCACUCGAUUUCAAAUGGAUCGCCCGUUUGACCCACAAGUGACAGGUUACAUCAUUGCUUUGGCUCGAUGAUGAGGCAAAGACUAUGACUCUUAAUGAGAACAUUUGCUUGAAACAUCCACUUUUCUAGUUUGUUGAGUUUAAGAUAUUGAUUCAUCCCGGGGGCUUUUGUUUUUGUUGUUGCCUUCAAACAAGGAUGCUAAAUUCUAAUCUUUCUGACAAUCCUCCAAAAUGAUGUCUCUCAUGACUAAGCCUGGGCACUGGAACUGAAGUUUCAUCCCUCGUUCUACGUUCAUCCUGAGCACUGCAACAUCACCACCAUCACCGUAGCUGCUUGGAAAAGGAAUUGUCUGUUGCGCAACACCAUUUCUGCGAUUCCUGCUAUGUGGACCUUGGCUUGCCAAUUUCAGGCAUGAGAGGACCGGCUGUCUUAUAGAGAACAUGGAUCUAUGAAAAAUUGGAGAAUGUGCAGUUAAAACUAGAUUUUGGACAGCGAUGACAAAACAGGAUCUGUAUUAAAGAGGCAUUUUGCUUUAAUAUUUGCACAUCGGCACGUACGGUACGUUAUUCAAAAUCGAAGUGUUCUGCCAAUAAAGUUCAUUUCAUGGCUUAUUUUGUUACAGCCGUGGUGGUGAUGUUGCAACUAGCAUUAAUCCAGGCACCCCGCCCUUUUUGUCUCCAGCCUCUUGUUAAAUGCUGUCUCACAGUACCCCCCCCCCCCCCGCCCCCCUUUCUGUUAAUGAGGUCUGCGCGCUUUCCUUUGCCUGGUCAGUCAGGAACAAUUAAUACUGCCAAAAUAAUGCUCUUUAAUACGCAAUAAAAGGCACCAGAGGUAUUUAUAGCUUGUUUGGGCCUUUUUGAGUUGCUUUUAAAAGACAAAGACGGUUCGGUUUCCACAAAUUCCAAGGUACAUGCGCAAACUGAAUAAUUCACAUUGGUAUCUUUUAAUGGUUUAUCAAAUGGGCACUUGCUGAGAUAGAAAAUCAAACUAACUUAUGAUUCGUAUUACAAAUGAAUGAGGCAUGAAGCAGCUAGGAGAACAAGCAAGUUGCCUCACAGUACUAAGGUUUGGGUUCAAAUCUUGGCUUCAACUUUCCUAUGUGUGGUUCGCAUCCUGUCUCCAUUCUUUUGUGGGUUUUCUUUGGCUUCCCCUCCCAAAUCUACAAAUGACAAGAACUGCCUGAAACCCUUCAGACUCAAACUAACAUCAAUAACUUAUUUCCCAAAUAAUAAUAAAAAAAAAACAUAAAAGAGCAAACCACUUUAGCUUUGCAUUAUUAAUCAGUUGAUCAUUGUAUGCAUUGUAUGCAAAACAAGUUCUUCGUUUUCAAUAAGUAUUUCUUUUUAAUCAGGAGGAAAAGACAAAAGUACAAAAUAGAAAAUCUUUCUAUACAUACAUAUGGUAAGAAAUUGGACGAAAACACAACACAUACAGUAUAGGUCAUUAGGAAAGGAUAGCAUAAAAUCCAAUUCAACAGUAUGACUGCAAGUCCAGUUAGUUAAACAGUUACCAAUACGCAUAAACCUACUAAAUGCAACAAGGCACGUAGUUGAUGUGUAUUUUGGUCUUGGAAGAUUCUAUUUACAGUGUAUUUCUUAUACUAAGAAGAGUACACGUGACAUCAGCAAAAGAGGCAGUUAAGAAGAAGGGAGGCUAUUUUGGCCUCUGCAUAAGACAACAUCCACUGAUAACAGAUCACACAACGGUACUGCAAUUACAGUACGUACACACACACACACACACACGCAGACACAUUUACUUCAUGAACACCACAAGCUAUGGAAGAGCCACUAAAACAACACAGUCGUUGGUUCAUAACAGGGCUAGUGAACGUAAGGCCCGUGAGAGCAUUUUAUCCCACCGUGGAAUUGUCAAAACAAAUUAAACCUCAGAUGAAGUGAAACUAAUAAAAGCUCGUAAUAAAAUACCGUAUAAUAAUCAAUAUGUUUGGUCAUUGCAUUAAGUUCUUUUCAUGAACUUUGAAGACUAAAAGGAACCCUAGUAGGAAAAAGUACUGCCUUGGGCUGAAUUUACAUUGCAGAAUUCAAGUGACACAUUUUCAAAAAAAUGCAUGGAAUUGGAGAUCUGAAAUUUGGAAUUAGGCCUCUUCCAAAUGUGGAUAAAAAUCUGAUACAAGUUUAUAGAAAAAAAAUAAAAUAAAAAUAAAAAUAAAAAUAAAAAUUAAGGUUGGGCUCUAUAUUACAACCCUAAUUGCCUAACUGAGUUUCUGGCAAAAUGAGGCUAAUUGCAAUUAUGUCCUGAGGUGAUGCAAGCAGCCUACUGUUUUGUUUUGUUUUCUUUACAAUCAAAAGUCCAAUCUAAAUGUGGACAUCAGUUUCCUAGGUAUGCGUCCUUCACUGAAUCCACAGAAUUAUAAGCGCAGUAUACAAUUUGGAUAGGCAAAUUCAUUCAUUUAGUUAGUUUUCAAGAACUCUUGGAUUAUGAAAAUAACAAAUUGCAACAUAGAUGAGACUCAAUUCAAUUAUAAUACUGCAACCAGCAGAGACGCUGGUAGCUAUGGAGCGCGCACGUCUGCCCAAAACACCACUGGUAUGGAAAUGAACAGACAGAAGUUCUUGUCAAAAAACAACAACAACUAAUAGUUAAUAAAUAUUUAAAUCUCACCAUGGGAAAUAAGGUCAAAAAAUGCCCAGCCCUUGCAUACAUUAUGGUCCCCAUUAUUGUUCCUAUUAAAGCCCUGAUUUCCAAAAGCUGGGUAUUUUCAUGCAGGCACUUCUACUUGGAUGACAUUUCCCAUACUGGCACGAUGGAAUGAGAAACGCUACUCAAUCCCUCAUGCUACAUCAGUAAAAGCAAAUGCUGCUUUACUUUGCGGAAUAUGAAGUUCAACAGUAUCUGGGUUCAUCGGUGUUAUUAGGAGGUCAUAAGACAUUGCAGGGUAAAGAUCAAUGCAAGUAGCUUUCAAUUA